GACCACCUCGUCGCUCUUAAAACUCCCGCCUCGCUCACCGUUAAUCAUGGCCGCCAAGAAGCCCGCUUCCAAAAAGCCUGCCGCGAAGAAGGCCGCGCCGAAGAAGAAGACUGUCGCGAAGAAGCCGGCCGCGAAGAAGGCCGCGCCUAAGCCCAAGGCCGCGCCCAAGCCCAAGGCUGCGCCGAAGCCCAAGGCUGCGCCGAAGAAGAAGGCGGCGCCCAAGAAGAAGGCCGCGCCCAAGCCCGCCGCCGCGAAGCCCGCCGCGAAGCCCGCCGCGAAGCCCGCCGCGAAGCCCGCCGCCGCGAAGCCCGCGGCGAAGAAGGCGCCCGCGAAGAAGGCCAAGAAGGCCGCGCCGGCCAAGAAGAAGACCGUCGCCAAGAAGCCCGCGGCGAAGAAGAGCGCGAAGAAGAAGGCCGCGCCCAAGGCGUCCAAGGCCACGGGCUCGCGCAAGUCCUCCCGCAAGUCGCUCUUGAGCAACGUGCCCGUCGCCGAGCGCGGCGCGGCCAUGAAGGCCGCCGCCAACUAGGCGGCUUUCCGAAGGCCGAAGAGCCGCCGGGCCCGAAGCGUCCAAGACCGCCACGCGGUAUUCCCCGGUCCCCGCGGCGCGCCCGAGUCGUCGCUGCAACUCUCCAGUAACCACUCCCGGCGCAAAAAGAAG